UGGACAUUGGACAUUGAUUCUCUCCAUCUUGGACCUUCCUGACCAUAGCUCUGAGUUAAAUAAGGGGGGCGACGGCGCAUAAAGCGGAUAGGGGACCUGUGCUCAAAGCCUACAAAGCAGUCUUUUAUCGUCUCUGUCUUCCCACAAUGCGCUUCAACGUCGGCGCAAGCAACAAUGAAACUCCCCUCGUCACCUCUCCCAACUUGCCCUCUGAUCACCCUCCAAUCGGAUCAAGCUCAGCCGAUGCCUGCCCAGUAGAUGACAAAACAAGGUCUCGCUGGCUUAGCUUAGCGAAUUUGACCUCCUCCUCCUCAUCCUCAUCCUCACCCUCGUCCUCCUCCCCGCCUCCCAAUUCACCUUCUGGCUCUGGCUCGGCUUCCUUUCAGUCAGGAGCCGCAGGAUCCCGUCAGGCCAACUUGUCGCGAGACCGCGAAAUAUCUUCCAUCCCUCGAGCGCCUAUCGGUACUACUCCUGUACAUGUUGGGUCUUCAGAAGGUGCAGGAUCAGAUGAUGAUAAGCAUUGGGUUUAUCCCUCAGAAUUACAAUUCUUCCAAGCGAUGGCUCGUAAAAACCAUUCACCAAAAGAAGGCGAUAUGAGGAGCGUGGUGGGGAUCCACAAUGCAGUGAAUGAAAAGGCUUGGGAAAUGGUUCUGUUAUGGGAACAAGGGAUGGGAUCUGAACCGUGUGGUGGACCUCGAUUGAUAAGUUUCGCCGGUAUCCCAACGAAGAGGAGUCCAAAGUCUUAUCUCUACAUGGCUUUAGGCUAUUCUGCGCCAUUUGACAGACACGAUUGGAUCAUUGAUCGAUGCGGGACAAACGUCCGGUAUGUCAUUGAUUUUUACUCUGGAAAGCAAGAUCCGAACGACCCAGCCAAAUCUUCAUUCUUCAUCGAUGUGAGGCCUGCGAUCGACACAAAGGUAGGGAUCCAGACGAGACUCAUAGGGAUAUGGAAGUAUUACGUCGCCGGGUAUGGCGCAUGAUGCUGUGGAUAAGGAGCCGAGACUGGAUGAUGUAGCAGUAAAUGCAACGCCUCUCAUAUCAUCCGUUGGGGUGAGGUUCCUGAGC